CUCUUGUGGAGAGUAAAUUACUUGGUCACCUUUCUAUUAAUUCAGGGGGCUACAUAAUAAAAGAGACAAUUUCUUUCUUUCUUUUCUUUAAUGGAAGUAAAUAACUCACUAUACUAAAGGGUUCUAUAUUCUAUCUGUUUCCCCCUAUUUUGGCUACGUUUCUUUUUGGCCCGAACCUAACAAUCCAUCCCUUCCAUCGCAGAAAACCUUGGAUCUGGCUCAGGGUUUUGAAUGCCUGAUUAAAUCAUUUGAAGAUGAGUCCAUUUUCAAUCACGCGUAAGAAAACGCCUUUCCAGAAGCACAGAGAAGAGGAAGAAGCCAAGAAGAAGAGGGCAGAGGACGAAACUGCUCGAUUAUACGAGGAGUUUGUGGCAUCGUUUCAAGGAGAUAAUAACCCUGGAUCAAAGGCAUUUGUUCGAGGUGGAACAAUCAAUCCCAAUGAGAGGUUGAAAUCCGAUUCUGAAGGUGAAAAAUCCAAAGAUGGGGUGUCUGUUCCAAAGAAGGGAAGUAGGUAUGUUCCAUCUUUCAUACCACCUCCUUUGGCAGCCAAGGAAAAGGAAUCUGAGAAGAAGGAGGAGGAGAGGAUGAAGGAGAAAGAGAAGGUAAAGUCUCGAAAUAUUGACCAUUUUAUGGAGGAGCUGAAGCAUGAACAAGAGAUGAGGGAAAGGAGAAAUCUGGAACGUGAACAUUGGCGUGAUGGGCGUCAUAGUGAUAGUUCAGCUCCAUCUAGUCGCUUUGAUGAACUGCCUGAUGAUUUUGAUCCUAGUGGAAAAUUGCCCGGAUCACUUGAUGAUGCUGAUCCUCAAACGACAAAUCUCUAUGUUGGAAAUCUCUCACCAAAAGUUGAUGAAAAUUUUCUUCUGCGGACUUUUGGAAGAUUUGGACCUAUUGCUAGUGUGAAAAUUAUGUGGCCUAGGACAGAGGAGGAGCGAAGAAGGCAAAGAAAUUGUGGUUUUGUGGCUUUCAUGAAUAGAGCUGAUGGACAAGCUGCAAAAGAUGAAAUGCAAGGAGUUAUUGUAUAUGAAUAUGAAUUGAAAAUUGGGUGGGGUAAAUCUGUUGCUCUUCCAUCACAAGCAUUACCUGCUCCCCCACCUGGACAGAUGGCUAUCAGGAGUAAGGAGGGUAGUUCUAUAAUCUUAUCUGGUCCUUCAGGUCCACCAGUCACAUCUCUUCCAAAUCAGAAUUCUGAACUGGUUCUUACUCCAAAUAUUCCAGAUAUAAUGGUCACUGCACCUGAGGAUGGCCACCUCCACCAUGUGAUAGAUACAAUGGCUCUUUAUGUCCUUGAUGGAGGAUGUGACUUUGAACAAGCUAUUAUGGAGAGGGGUCGUGGCAAUCCUCUAUUCAACUUUUUAUUUGAGCUUGGCUCAAAGGAACACACUUACUACGUCUGGAGGCUAUAUUCUUUCGCUCAGGGUGAUACUCUUCAAAGGUGGCGGACAGAGCCUUUUAUCAUGAUAACUGGGAGUGGAAGAUGGGUACCACCACCUUUGCCAGUGUCAAAAAGUCCAGAGCAUGAAAAGGACUCUUCUGCCACAUAUGCCGCAGGAAGAAGCAGGCGGGUGGACCCAGAAAGACCACUUACUGAUCCACAAAGGGACGAAUUUGAGGACAUGCUACGGGCAUUGACAUUGGAGAGGAGUCAAAUAAAGGAAGCCAUGGGCUUUGCUUUGGAUAAUGCUGAUGCUGCUGGAGAGGUAGUUGAAGUUUUGACAGAGUCUCUGACACUUAAAGAAACACCUAUUCCAACUAAAGUAGCAAGGCUUAUGCUCGUCUCUGACAUUCUUCAUAAUAGCAGUGCUCCUGUUAAAAAUGCAUCUGCAUACCGUACUAAAUUUGAAGCAACAUUACCUGAUAUAAUGGAGAGCUUUAAUGAUCUGUACCGCAGUGUAACAGGAAGGAUCACUGCUGAAGCCCUAAAGGAAAGGGUUCUGAAAGUGUUGCAAGUAUGGUCAGAUUGGUUUCUUUUCUCAGAUGCAUACGUGAAUGGACUACGAGCCACUUUUCUUCGAUCAGGAAACUCUGGAGUGGCCCCAUUCCAUUCUAUUUGUGGUGAUGCACCAGAAAUUGAAAAGAAGACUAGCUCAGAAGAUGCAGUUGAUGGGAUUAAAGCUAACCAAGAUACUGCGUUGGCCAUGGGCAAAAGUGCUGCUAUGAAGGAGUUAAUGGAUCUCCCACUUGCCGAGUUGGAAAGGCGCUGUAGGCAUAAUGGAUUAUCUCUUGUUGGUGGUAGAGAAAUAAUGGUUGCACGACUAUUAAGUCUGGAAGAUGCCGAAAAGCAGAGAGGUUAUGAACUAGAUGAUGAGUUGAAGCUGCGGUCAAGUUAUAGUCGGUAUUCUAGUGGUCAAAGAGGUGCAAAUGUUGAAACAGAAGUGGCGGGAUUGUCUGGACGGACUCGUUAUGCAGAGGAUGAGAUCCCUUCACAACGCAAAGGGUCUGUACCUCUGGCUGAAACCCUUCCAAUCCCACAGCCUGAACUAAAAGCAUUCACAAAGAAAGAGAAAACUGAUCCUGUUUUGCCAGCCUCUAAAUGGGCUAGAGAGGACAAUGACAGUGAUGAUGAAGAAAAGAGAAGCUCCAAGGGUCUGGGGUUGAGCUAUUCAUCUUCUGGAAGUGAGAAUGCUGGUGAUGGUCAUGGUAAGGCUGAUGAAUUGGAGUUUGGAACUGAGGUGAACAUUCUAGUUCCAUCUGAAAGUGCAAUGAAUGAAGAGCAGAGGCAAAAGUUGAGAAGACUUGAGGUUGCUCUUAUAGAAUACAGAGAAUCCCUUGAGGAGCAAGGAAUUAAAAAUGCCGAGGAUAUUGAAAAAAGGGUUGCAGUUCAUCGGAAACGGUUAGAAUCUGAAUAUGGUUUAUCAGAUUCUGGUGAAGGAAGAAAAAGAACGUCGAGAGAGAGGAGAGAUAGGCGGGAUGAUGUGCACGACUCUUCAAGAAAGCGGCUUCGAAGUCAAAGCCAAAGUGAGAGCCCUCCACGGAAACAAUCCAACAGAGGCAGGGAUAGAGAAAAUGAUUCAGAAAAGGACCGCGAAAGGCACAGAGAAAGAGAGAGAUAUCAUGACCUGCAAAAUGAAAGGGGGAGAGAGAGGGAGCGAGACCGUUGGGAAAAGAGUGGAAGCAGAGAAAGAGAUGACCAUGACAGAGAUAGAGGUAGGGAUAGGGAUAGCCGAAGGCGAAUGAAGUGAGAUUUUAGGUUCGUGGGAUACCUUACUUCAACGUUUGCUUGGUAUCUGAUCUGGGUAGCAUGGUUUGAGAUGAGGAGAUGACUUGGCUUGUCUGGGAUGCUUAAGCAGCAGCAUCUGUCAUUAGAAAAUUGGUUUCAAACAAUGCUAGAAAUGCUGGACUGCCCAUGAGAAAAAUCUGGUUCUUGUAGAACCAUCUUGUAGUAAAAUAUACGACAGCAUUUGAUGUUUUUGGUGGUUUGCAUUUUAUGAAAAUCAAGUUAAUUGCCUAAUAA